AUGGCCACUAGCUAAUAUGUGGUUGGUCCCCGUAUUGUCAUACGAUCUCAUUCCCUUGAAAUUCAAUUAUUUCUCGUUCUUAGAAACUUAGCACUUCAACACAAUGGAGUCUCCAAUCUCUCUAUAAAUCUGCUGCACAAAGAAACAAAGUUAAUCAUCAUUCUCUAUUUUUCCUAUCUACCCUUCUGGAAAAACAGUUUUCUUCCCAACACAAUCUUGGAGUGGUCAUUGGAUGAAGAAUUAGCUGAAAAAAUUAAUUGACAUGGGCAAUCACAAGUUACUACAAUAUUGGGCUGUGUCACUUUGUAUGCUUUUCUUGAGUCAUUGGAUCUGUGUUGAAGCUGCCCCUCAAGGCUCUAUCAUCACACAACUCCCUGGCUUUAGCGGCACUUUUCCAUCCAAGCACUACUCCGGAUAUAUAAGCAUUGAUGGAAAUGCUGAGAGUGGGAAGAACCUGUUCUACUACUUCGUUAGUUCAGAAAGAAGUCCAGGGAAGGACCCAGUUGUUCUAUGGCUGAACGGUGGACCUGGGUGCUCCAGCUUCGAUGGCUUCGUUUAUGAGCAUGGACCAUUCAACUUUGAGGCUGCAAAAUCAAAAGGGAAUCUACCCACUUUGCACAUCAAUCCUUACAGCUGGUCCAAGGUUUCCAACAUCAUAUAUUUGGAUUCUCCCGCGGGUGUUGGCCUCUCUUACUCCAAGAACUCAAGCAAAUAUGCUACUGGGGACCUACAAACUGCGUCUGAUACCCAUGCUUUCCUCUUAGAGUGGUUUCAACAAUUUCCAGAAUUUCUGGCUAAUCCAUUUUAUAUUGCUGGGGAGUCCUAUGCCGGAGUUUAUGUGCCUACUCUAGCUUUUGAAGUUGUUAAAGGAAUCCGGAGUGGUAUAAAGCCCGUGAUCAAGUUUAAGGGUUACAUGGUUGGAAAUGGUGUCACGGACGAAAUAAUUGAUGGCAAUGCUCUUAUCCCAUUUGUGCACGGGAUGGGCCUCAUAUCCGACAGUAUCUACGAGGAAGUACAAGCUUCUUGCAAAGGAAACUACUACAACUCCUACUCUUUGGACGAAAAUGAUAUGUGUUAUAAGAACUUGGAAAAAGUUGAUAAGGCAAUUGAUGGGCUUAACGUGUACAAUAUACUUGAGCCAUGCUACCACUUCCCUGAUGCUGCCACAGCCAAAGGAAAUGGAAGCUUACCCCUAAGUUUUCAUCAAUUAGGGGUUACAGAAAGGCCUUUCCCAGUGAGGAAGAGAAUGUUUGGUAGAGCAUGGCCUUUUAGAGCACCAGUUAAAGCUGGCCUUGUUACAUUAUGGCCCCAAUUGGCUCAAACGAGGCAUGUUGCCUGUGUUAGUGAUGAAGUAGCAAGUUCAUGGUUAAACAACGAAGCAGUGAGGAAAGCCAUUCAUGCUGAGCUGGAAAGUGUGGCGGGGCAGUGGGAAUUAUGCACCAAUAGGAUAGAGUAUGAUCACAAUGCUGGAAGCAUGAUACCAUACCAUAAGAACCUAACCAUGCUGGGCUAUCGAGCACUUAUUUUCAGUGGUGACCAUGAUAUGUGUGUGCCAUUUACGGGAAGUGAGGCUUGGACCCUAUCUUUGGGAUAUAAGAUUGUGGAUGAAUGGAGGCCAUGGAACUCUAAUAACCAAAUUGCUGGGUACUUGCAAGCAUACGAGAAAAACCUCAUUUUUCUCACAGUUAAGGGUGCAGGGCACACUGUGCCGGAAUAUAAGCCACGAGAAGCAUUGGAUUUUUACAGCCGUUGGUUGGAAGGGAAAGCAAUAUAAGUAAAUGCAAAUGAUAUGAAUGAAUUAGGCUACAAUAAGCAUACAUGAUUAGUGGCUACACCAUUGCAUUGAACUUUUAGUGUUUCCUAACAUUUCUUUAAGUUUGUGAUUUAUCCUUACAUUGAUUAAAGGAAAUGUAAGUGAUUAUUGUUCAUUUAGUAACUGUGAUUGGCUUCAUAUCUCAAUGGGUCAAUCCUUUCGAAGAGAGGAUGUCCCAAACAAACUUGUAAUUGUUUUCUAAGUGCAGCACAACCAUCCAUGAACUAGUUUACUUCCAUAAUUGUGAUGGGAAAUAUGGUUUGUUUGGU